AUGGCGCGCGAAAGAAACAGGAAGUAUAUAACCCAUCUCUGGAAUUUUAAAAGAGACGACACUGGAUCUAGAAAAUGCGAGUGUCCGUCCAAGGUGCGUGGUUACAUGUUGGCAAACAAAAUUUGGAGAUUUAAUGUGAUAUGUGGUUUGCAUAAUCAUGAUUUAUGUGAAAAAUUAGUCGGUCAUCCUAGUCUGUGUCAGCUCAUGCCGGAAGAGAAGGAAUAUGUUGCUGAUAUGACCUUGAAUCUGGUUCAAUCGAAAAAUAUAUUUGCAACAUUGAAAUGGAAACGACCCAAAAAUAUAUCAAAUAUCAAGCAAGUGUAUAAUAUUCGGUACCUAACUAACAAAGGGCUUAUGGUGGAUAGAAAUGAAAUGCAACAACUCUUGAAACUGUUGGAUGAUAACAGUUACAUGUCUAGGUAUCGAACGUACGAGGAUGGAGUUACUGUUAGAGAUAUAUUUUGGACUCAUCCUGAUUCCAUAAAGGUGUUCAACAUGUUUCCUACGGUGCUCAUACUUAACUCAACCUACAAGAUCAACAAGUAUAGACUUCCAUUAUUGGAGAUGAUUGGUGUUACCUCAACUGAGAAGACAUAUUAUGUUGAUUUUGCAUUUCUUGAGUGUGAAAAAAAGGACAAUUUUACUUGGGCCUUAGAGGUAUGUCAGACACUAUUGAAGGACCAAGGUGAGAUGCCUAAAGCGAUUGUUACCGACCGUGAUACCGCAUUGAUGAAUUUGGUUCCAAAGGUAUUUCCUUCUUCUAAUGCAUUAUUUUAUAGGUAUCACAUAACAAAAAAUGUGAGAAGUAGAGUUAAACAUGCGGUAGGGAUGAAACAGAUAGAGUCUGAAGAUGGGAAAAUGGUGAAGGAGGGUGUGGUUGUGAAAAAAUAA